AUGGCCCACGCCACGUUCCUCCGCUCUUUGCGGCCAAUCGUUCGUUCCCCCAUCCGGCGCCCGCUCCGAUAUGCCCACUCAAGCCAAUUCCAACCCUUCGUACCACCCUCGCCAAGCUCCCUAGGAAAACCCAGAGAAGCCAAGACAUACAAACGAACAAUAAAAUGGCUACGCCGAAUCUUCUACGUCUCAUUAGCAACCGGCGUCGUCUACGGCAUAGACAGACAGUUCAACGCAUUAUCGCUGACCCGAACAGCCCGCACGUUCUCCCUCGGUGUCCUCGUCGCCCUCGACUAUAAAAUAAACUUCCGUCCACAACCGCCGCUGGCUAGCUCUAUUGCUGCCGUGCACUCCCGCAACGCAGAGCGCUUGUCAGACCUGCUGAGGCAUAAUGGCGGACUGUACCUGAAGAUCGGCCAGGCGAUUGCGAUGCAAUCUACCAUUUUACCACCGGAGUUCCAGAAGAUGUUCUCGCGUAUGUUUGACGAUGCACCCCAAAAUAGCUGGAAAGAUGUCGAGAAGGUCAUCCGGGAGGACUUUGGAAAGUCCCCGGAGGAGGUCUUUGGGAUCUCGUUUACGGGCGAGCCUGAUAAGGGCGUAAUGGAGCGCAAAGCUCGGGCCAGUGCUAGUGUUGCUCAGGUCCACUGGGCUCGUCUGCAGGAUGGCACAGAGGUUGCAAUCAAGAUUCAGAAACGGGAGAUCGUGCAGCAAUUGGCAUGGGAUCUCUGGGCCUUCAAGGUCGUGACAUAUGUCUACAGCAAGAUCUUCGACAUCCCUUUCUACAGUCUCGUACCCUACAUUAGUGAGAGAUUAUCGCUGGAGACAGACUUCGUGAACGAAGCAGAUAACUCGGAAAACAUGGCCAGGUUAGUGGCCGGUGAGUCUCGCCUGCGCAAUCGUGUGUACAUCCCUCGGGUAUUCCGCGAGUUGAGCUCGAAGCGCGUCAUGACUGCCGAAUGGGUAGAGGGUGUCCGGCUCUGGGACAAAGACGCCAUCACGAAGCCCUGGUAUGGCGGCUACGGCAAAGGAAGUCCAGGCUGCCAGGGAACACCACUCGACCAGCGAAAGGUGUCUGCCACGGACCUGAACCCGCGCGCAUCGAAGAUCAAGCCAGAACGUGACUACUGGCGAGGCAACAGAAACCGCGGCGGACUGGGCUUAUCUCUCAAGGACGUGAUGACGACCAUGGUAGACCUGUUCUCCGCGCAGAUGUUCCUGUGGGGUUACGUCCACUGCGAUCCCCACCCAGGCAACAUCUUCAUCCGGCGCAAGCCCUCUGGCGAGCCGGAGCUAGUUCUAAUCGACCACGGCUUGUACAUCCACAUGGAGCCUGGAUUCCGACACGAAUACGCACAAUUCUGGAAAGCACUCCUCGCCUUCGACAAUCGCACGCUGGGCGAGAUUGUCAAGCGCUGGGGCGUGAACAACCCAGACAUCUUCGCAUCAGCGACACUAAUGCGUCCAUACAGUGGCGGCGACAUGUCGACCCGGCGCGGCAUAAAGGGACUAAGCAAAGCCCAGCGUGCAGAGCGCCACUACGAGAUGCAGCAGGCAGCGCGUAAGGCAAUCCGCGAAAUCCUCGGCGAUGAAACCAAGUGGCCGCAAGAGCUGAUUUUCAUCGGCCGUAACCUGCGCAUCGUCCAAGCUAACAACCAGUUCCUGGGCUCGCCGGUGAAUCGUGUUAAGAUCACCGGUCUCUGGGCGUCGCGCGCGCUGGUCGAGUCGCCGGAUCUGCCGCUGGCCGAGAAGAUCCGGAACCUGGGUCGCCACUUGAUCUUCCGUGUGGUGUUGUUCAGUAGCGAUAUCUUCUUUUAUUUCACCAAGGUGCGCCAGUUCUUGCAUCUCGGCGGUGGUAUGGAGGAUGAUAUCGAGGCUCAGAUGCAAAACAUGGCCAAGGACAUGGGCGUCGAGCUGAACCAGAAUGUCUUUGAGGGAUAG